AUGGAGUCUGAAUUCAUGAAUCAGUUUAUACCUCAAAAUAUGGACAUUCCAUACAUACAAUUUCAAUCUUCUAACCAUGACAUGAUGAUAGGAACACCACAAGAUAUCAAUGGUAAUGAUCCGAGUUCAGUGGGAAACCUUUCAUACACUGAUAUGGUUUCUUUAAAUCAGUUUGAAGUCAUGAAUCAAUUCACACAUGAAGAUAUCAAUGCUAGAGAUCUGAGUUCAAUGAUGAACACUGCAUACAUCCCAUCAGUAGCUGGAUCUUCCAACUGUGAGAAGAUGAUAGGAACAAGUACAAGGGACUGGGAUAUGGUUCCUAUGGAUCAGCUUGAUCAGUUCAUGAAUCCGUUCACUAUACCUCAAGAUUUCAAAUCAAGACAUGAUGAUAGGAGAAAAAUGGCUACAAAACGCAACAUUGAUGCUCAUAAAUGCUGCAAGUGUAAGACUACCAAGUGCUUGAAACUAUAUUGUGGUUGCUUUGCUGCUGAAUCUUAUUGUACUGAAGCUUGCUCUUGCAAAGAAUGCUGUAAUCGACUUGAUUAUCAAGAUACAGUUGAAGUCGCACGUGAACAAGCAAAAGUGAGAAAUCCACUUGCAUUUUCCACCAAGGAGGAUAAAGAUAGGAACAAAAUCGGUUGUGAAUGUAGGUUGUCAAUGUGCUUGAAAGAAUCAUGUAAGUGCAAUAAGGCUAAAGUUGGAUGCCAGCUUCAAUGUCGUUGUAGAGGAUGUAAAAAUGUUCAUGGCAAGAGAGAGGAUAACUUUGAUAAGAAUAAGAUGAAUGAAAGAAAUCUAAGUUCAGUGACAAACUUUUCAUACAUUCAAUCAGCAGCUGAAUCUUCUAACUUUGAGAUGAUGAUAGGAACAAGUAAAACGGAGUAUGAUUUGGAUCUUCCAACUUUGGAUCAACUUGAAUUGAUGAAUCAGUUCACUUCUCAAGAUUUGGAUCAGUUUGAAUUCAUGAAUCAGUCUACAUCUCAAGAUUUCAAUGUAAGACAUGAUGAGAGGAAAAAGUAG